CUACACAGCCCAUAGAGAGAGAGAGAGAGAAGGAGAAGAAGGGCUGCUGCUGUUCAUACGAAACUUGAGGACUGAAAUUUGAAGCGGCUAACACGAUGAAAGCAAAAUAAGACAAAGAUCUACAGAGAUAUUGCCGAGGAUACAUGCUUAUCUUUAUACACCGCUCUCUCUUUCUCUCUCUCUCGAUGCAACUUCACUGUUAAGUUUAGUGCAUAAUAUUACAAGAUUGUAACCCUUUAGCACACCAGUCAAUGCGAUCGAUACCAAUACUUGUUUACAUUUUCAUAAACUUGCGCAAUUCUUCUCAUUUGAGCUGUCAAAAGUCCCCGUCGUUUCGUAACGCGUUAUGUUUUGACAUUUACAAAAAUUCGUCAGAAUUUAUAAAGAGUACUAAAGGUGUUUCAACAAAGGACCGAUCAGCUGAAGAAUGAUUUGGAGCGGUGUGCUGCUCAUCUGUCUGUGCGCGCGCGCCGCGUCCUCAGCCUUCAAACCUGAGGCAUGGCUACAGCAAUAUGGUUACCUGCCACCAGGUGACCUGCGCACACACACCGCCCGCUCUCCUCAGUCCGUCACAUCUGCCAUUGCUGCCAUGCAGCGAUUUUAUGGCCUGACAAUCACUGGCAGUAUGGAUUCUGGCACUAUAGAGGCGAUGAAGAGACCCCGCUGUGGCGUUCCAGACAAGUUCGGAGCAGAACUAAAGAGCAACCUGAGAAAGAAACGCUACGCGAUCCAAGGACUGAAGUGGGAUAAAAAUGAGAUCACAUUCUGCAUACAGAACUACACUCCGAAAGUUGGGGAAUACGAGACUUUUGAGGCCAUCAGAAAAGCCUUUAAAGUGUGGGAAAGUGUUACGCCCCUGCGGUUCAGAGAGAUCCCGUACAGUUCCAUCAGAGACAAAUCGGAGAACUUUGCAGACAUCAUGCUCUUCUUCGCCGAUGGUUUUCACGGUGAUGCCAGCCCGUUUGACGGCGAAGGAGGCUUCUUGGCUCACGCGUACUUCCCAGGGAAUGGUAUUGGUGGAGACACACACUUUGACGCAGCCGAGCCUUGGACCAUCGGAAACCGUGACUUGUUGGGUAAUGAUGUGUUUCUGGUGUCUGUGCACGAGUUGGGUCACGCUCUGGGCAUGGAGCAUUCGAAUGAUCCUUCCGCCAUCAUGGCUCCCUUUUACCAAUGGAUGGACACUGACAACUUUGAACUUCCAGAAGAUGACCGUAAAGGCAUUCAGCAGCUUUAUGGACCAAACACCGGAGGCCGUCCACGACCACCCGUCACCCCUCACUCACCCCAUCACCCCCCAGACCCCACACCACCCAGGCCAGGAGGACCCAGCUUUGGUCCUGAUAUCUGUGAGGGCAAUUUUGACACCAUUGCCAUCUUCAGAGGAGAAAUGUUUGUAUUUAAGGAUAAGUGGUUCUGGCGUGUCCGUCACCAAAGGGUUAUGGAAAAUUACCCCAUGCCAAUUGGACAUUUCUGGAGAGGUAUCCCCACGACUAUUGGUACUGCCUAUGAAAGAGAAGAUGGGAAAUUUGUCUUCUUUAAAGGAGACAAGCAUUGGGUGUUCAGCGAGUCAAACUUGGAGUCAGGUUACCCGAAGACCCUGAAGGAGAUGGGCAGCGGUCUUCCAAAAGACAAACUGGAUGCAGCUCUUCUAUACACGCCUACAGGCAACACUUACUUCUUCAGAGGAAACAAAUAUUAUCGUUACAAUGAAGACACGCGGUCUGUGGAUCCAGACUAUCCCAAACCUAUCAGUAAAUGGCAAGGCGUUCCAGACAACAUAAAGGCUGCAUUCAUGAGUUCAGAUCAAAGUUAUACCUACUUCUACAAGGCCAACAAGUACUGGAAGUUCAAUAACCAGUUACUAAGAGUGGAGCCUGGAUAUCCCAAAUCUGCGCUUAAGGAUUGGAUGGGCUGUCCCAAUGAGGAGCCUACAACAGGUAGCGGAGGAGGAAGUGACCGCGACCGUGAGCGAGAACGGGAGCGGGAAAGGGAGCGCGAAAGGGAGCGUGAGAGGGAGCGCGAGAGGGAACGUGAGAGAGAACGCGAGCGAGAAAGAGAAGGCAAUCGUGAUGAAGGGAGAACCGAUGAAGAGGUCACAAAAGAAGAGACAGAAGUGAUCUUUAUUGAGCCCAGCAGCGGCGGAGGGGCGGCGGCCGUAGUGAUACCGCUCAUGUUACUGGUGUGCGUCAUCUUCACGCUCGGAGCGCUCCUUUUCUUCCGCAGGUACGGCACACCCAGACGCUUGCUAUACUGCCAGAGGUCUCUACUGGACAAAGUUUGAGAAGAAGACUGAACGGGAGAGGAGAGGAUGGAGAAUAUGGAAAAGGGGGGACUUGAUGGCAAAGCAGAAACCAAAAAUCUUAAAGGGACCUUUUUAUUGUUCACUUUAGAAAUGAUGCCACUCAGACGAAUCUCUGCAUUUUUUAUAGUUUAUAAUCAGUGGUCUUCGCUUUUCCACCUGUGCCGAGGUCUUCCCGCACGCUGUAGACUGGCACACGGCACCCGUUUCUCACCUGUGUCACAUCUGUACCCUCUUCUCUAAUGUUCUUACUCCUCCGGUGUAGCCAAAGACGCCAGCUCAUCGCUGUUUGUUUAGCCUUUUGUAAAUGUCUUAUAGUUGUGUUUGUUGUGUACUUCUGACUCGUUGUGAAUUUUUCACCUUUUUUUUUGCGCAGAAGCUCACAUUAAUACAGAUUUUCGUAUCUCGGGUUGCACCUGAUGUAAUUUUCAGUUUGCAGCAACCUCACUAACAUAAAAAGUACCAAAUGUACCAUGGUACAGUGCUGCCGUGCGCUUUUGUUGAAUGCGCGUUCAUGGUACAGGGUUCCCGUGGUCGUGGAAAUCCUGGAAAUAUCAGGGAAUUUUCAAAUUGCGAUUUCCAGGGAAUUAAAUUGUUUGUACAUGUCUGCAUUUCAAUGUGUAAAAAUUCCUUGUUGCACUUAAAUGUUGAAACUUAAACUAAGAAGUUAUUUAAACUUUUUUUGACUAUUUAGAAGGUGGUAUAAAUUUGUAAAAAUCCCAAUUUUCCCCCAAAAAUACCCAAAGCCAAUUUUUUUAAUUUAUCCCAAAUCCUCACUAGUCAAGAAAGUUGAAAUGACUUGUCUGAGUCAAGUUCUUUAAACUUCAAAAUUUAAGUGCAUAAAGGAAUUUUACAUUUCAGGCAGAGAUUGAAAUAUAUUUUUAUUUUUAUUAUCCUUUAAGAACUAUGGAGCCCCUAAGGGGACAUGGAGCAAAAAUUAAGUUUAAUUAAUAAAGUUUAGUAUCGCGUGCGUACGUGAAACUUUCGCGUGCGCACAUGAAACUUUCGCAUGCGCACGUGAAACUACUGCGUUUAGUUUCGCGUGCGCACGUGUGUGAAACUUUCGCGUGCUUGCAUGAAACUUUCGCACGCGCACAUGAAACUUGCGUGUGCACGUGAAACUACCGCGUUUAGUUUUUGAGUGCUCACGUGAAACUAUAGCGUGCGCACGUGAAACUACUGCAUUUAGUUUCGCGUUUAGUUUCGCGUGCUCACGUGAAACUAUCGCGUGCGCACGUAAAACUGCUGCGUUUAGUUUCGCGUGCUCACAUGAAACUUUUGCAUGCGCACGUGAAACUUUCGCUUUCACAUGUGCACGUGAGAGUUUCACGUGCACGCGCGAUAGUUUCACGUGAGCAUGCGAAACUAAACUUUAAUUUUUUUACUCCAAUGUCAGUAAAGAACAAACAACUGGAAAGUCAUAAAAAAAAAAUUUUUAUGAAUUGGUCAAAAGUUGAGGGAGUGUGGGAACCCUGGUGGUCAUUCAGAAUUCGGGACAUUUAACCCAUAGUACGGUGCCAUAUAAAUACACGAUUAUGGUAUAUAUCAUAAUAUCAUGGUAUACCGUUUAAUAUCAUCACUGUAACAUUAUACCAAAGUACUUUUUUGUGAGGACUCUCAUAAUCCAUCAAACUUACAAAAUCCAUCAGAUAUCAUUAAAAACAUGGUUGCUUUAUUACAUUAAAGCUGCAGUCCCUGUGUUUUUCCCAAUCCAUGCAACCCUGAAUCUCAGGUUAAAUAACCAAAGAAAAUCGAUACUUAAUCCACUAACAGCCUUUAAAAGCCUGUGCUGUCUGUCUGUGUCCUUGAGUAGUUUGGCUUUACAUUGUACUGUAUUUUAAAAUAAUUUCUAUUAUUGAUGAUGAUGUCAUUGUCAUUAUGACUAUUACUAUUGUUAUUGUUCUCCAUGUCAAGAAUGUGUUUUUUUUCUGAUUUAACAAUUGUCAUUAAAAAUGUCCUGCUGGACAGGCAAGUCUUAUAAAGUGGCCUUUAUCUGGGGUAAAGUGAAUGGGUGGGUUUUGUAUUUUAAAGUGAAAUAAAUUUUUAGUAUGAAAAUGGCAUUUUUACUUCUCGUGUUUACAAUUAUUUGAAACUUGUGGUGCUUAUUUUUUGGAAUAUAACUUUGGUGAGAAAAACAACAACAAUAAUAAUAAUUAAGUGAUGAUGAUCAUUAUCUAAAAAUAAAUUGUGCUUGCCUUUCAAACCUUUUAAUGUUUUAAGUCAGAAAUAAAAUAUUUUGUAAGUUUG